AUGCCGAGCUCCACAGAAGACUAUACCGUUCUCUCGAAUGUAGUCGUCACAUCACAAGAUGUUUUAAACUGUUGCUAUUCAUCUUGGUAUCCCACCUUCAAAGAUCUAACGGUAUCUGAGGCUAAAAUAAUUCGGCCUCUACCGGCUGGAUUCUUGAAUUACUUGAAUGAGGACGACAUAAGAUUACCUAAGGUGCGACCAUGUGAAAGGACACCGUUUUCCGAAGUUCGCCCCACUUCUGACAACGAGUAUAGCGACUGGUCUGAUGAUGAAGACAGUAGUAACGCCUAUCAAGACCCAUCGGAGGCGUUCAAAGAUGUGCACAAGACGAUAAUCUCCACCAUAUCCGAAUUCGGAGGAGUAGUCACUCCAAAGUUGAACUGGUCAGCCCCUCAAGAUGCUACCUGGAUGAUGGUAGACAAUAGCACAAGAUGCAGAUCUGCCAAUGAUGUCUAUUUGUUACUGAAGUCAUCCGAUUAUAUCAACCAUGACUUGGGCUAUGCCUUUGAUAUAGUUACAGAAGAAUCUGCUCAAGAUGAAGUGAAAGGCUUGGAGUUUGAGCUGGUAUUGAAAAAAUGGUUUGACUUCAACCCUGCCAUGGAAUUCAGGUGUUUUGUUAAAGACAGGCAACUUUUGGCAAUCUCUCAGCGAGACCUGAACUAUUAUGACUUUUUGGAGGACCUGAAAGAUAAAAUAAUAGACAAAAUUGGAGCAUGUUUCGAUGACUCUCUUCUGCCAAAAUUUGAAAGCAACAGCUUCACUUUUGAUGUUUAUCUUGACCGUGACUUGAGGAAGGUGUAUCUUGUUGACUUCAACCCAUUCGCCAGAACCACUAGCUCUUACCUGUUUAGCUGGAACGAACUCAUAACAGGAAAAUUUGACGCAGCAGACCCCGAAAUAAGGCUUGUGACGCAACACAAUUCUGGGCGGUUUGCAUGUAAAGAACACUCUCAAAACCAUGUACCCAAAGAUGUUGUGGAUGCAUCCAUGGACUCUGCAGCAAUGGUGGAAUUAGCCAAAGAAUGGGAAAGAGCUUUGAGACAAAAGUCUGACUUGGCAGAUAAUAGCGAGGAAAAAUAA